CCGGGGCGAGGCAUGGCGGGCCCAGUGGACUGUCACUGCCACCUGGCCGCGCCCUGCUUCCACACGGACGUGGCGGCCGUGGUGCGGGCGGCGGAGCAGGCGGCCGUGUCGGCGCUGGUGGUGGUGUCGGAGCAGGCGGGCGAGUUCCGGAGCGUCGUGGAGCUGUCGGAGAGGUUCCUAGGAUUUGUCUUGCCAUGCCUGGGAGUUCACCCCGUUCAGGAGGUUUCUCCAGGGGAGCAGCGCAGUGUCACUUUGAAGGAUCUGGAUGCUGCACUGCCGCUUAUAGAACUCUACAAAGACAAAUUGGUGGGGAUCGGAGAAGUUGGACUAGAUUUCACUCCCAGAUUUGCCAGCACCGAUGAACAGAAGGAAGAACAAAGACAGGUUUUGAUCAAGCAAAUUGAGUUGGCAAGACAACUGGAUUUGCCUCUAAAUGUUCAUUCCCGCUCAGCUGGAAGACCAACCAUUAAUCUCUUGAAGGAACAAGGUGCUACAAAGGUGUUGCUCCAUGCAUUUGAUGGGAAGCCAUCUGUAGCGAUGGAAGGCGUGAAAGCUGGAUACUACUUCUCCAUUCCUCCUUCCAUUAUAAGGAGUGAACAGAAGCAGAAGCUUGUGAAACAGCUACCUCUGGAAAAUAUGUGCUUGGAAACUGACUCUCCUGCUCUGGGGCCUGAAAAACAGGUGAGAAAUGAACCCAAAAAUAUUUACAUUGCUGCAGAAUAUGUUGCCAAAAUUAAAGGAAUUCCAGUUGAAGAAGUUGUAGAAGUGACUACACGGAAUGCACUAAAAGUAUUCCCCAAACUUCAGAACUUUCUUCGGAUAUAGAUUCAGAAACUGGAACAUAUGGUAUAUCAGAAAGUAUUAUUUAUAUUGUAAUUAAUAAAACCAACAUGCAUCUUGUGUUAAAGUGGAGUUUUUCUCUUGGAAAGUUCAAGAAGUGAGCAGUGUUAUAUAGCUGUGUAGGAUCAAAAUAGGGAAUUUUUCAAGGCCUUUGGUAUGCACCAUACUAAUAUAUUGAAUGUGAUAAAGACAUGUUGUUUAUUUGCA